CAUGGAGUGCCCUGAGGGAGAGGUCCCCAGUUCCUCAGAAAAUGAUUCAACAAUAGCUCCAACAUUGGAAGUAAUGAAGUACCAAGAGUCCCAGAUUUCUGUGGACCAUGGUGCUGAAAUCGUUUGCGAGUGCAGCGCGGAAACUGAUGGCAACAAAGGCACAGAAAUUCUUGCCGAUCAAGGUGCUAAAACCGAUGCCGAUAGUAGCACCACACCAGCUGACAAAACUACUCUGGAAAACCCACAGGAAGUCAAAGAGAUGAGUAAAAAUCAGGAUGAACCUCCUCAUGAACUUGAGAACCAGUUUAUAUUGCGUCUGCCUCCGGAGCAUGCUUCUACUGUCAGGAGCCUAAUACAUUCUGGAAGUGUCAAAAUGAAGGAUAAACUAAAAAUUGACUUAUCUCCUGAUAGACGUCACGCAGUUGUUGAGGUAGAAGAUGUCUCACUAUCUGCUAAGCUGGUUGAUUUGCCUUGUGUCAUUGGAAGCCUGAAAACUCUUGAUAAAAAAACCUUUUACAAAACUGCAGAUAUUUCCCAGAUGCUUGUGUGCAGUGCUGAUGGCGAUCUUCACUCUUCUCCGGAAGAACCAGUUACCUCUACUGAUGUCAGUAUAACAGGGAAUAACGAAAGGGAAACAGAAAAAAAAUAUAUCUGGAAGCAUGGAAUUACUCCACCACUUAAGAAUGUCAGAAAGAAAAGAUUCCGGAAAACAAAAAAAAAGACUGCUGAUUUCAAGCAAAUUGAAGAAAUCACCUUUACUGAGUACAUUGACUCUCCAGAUGUGGAGAAAGAAGUGAAGAGACUGCUGUGUUCAGAUGCUGAAGCUGUCAGUGCCCGAUGGGAAGUCAUUGCUGAUGAUGAAACCAAGGAAAUAGAAAGUCAAGGCUGCAUUCCAGGCUUUCCAAUAUCCCCAGGAAUGAGUGGCUACAAGCAGGGCCAUAUCUCAGAAUAUGAUAUGCUUCCAGAGAUGUUCAGUGAUUCCAGCAGUAAUAAUCAUGAUGACGAGGAUGAGGAUGAUGAUGAGGAAGAUGAGGAGGAGGAGGAAGAGGAGGAAGAGGAGGAAGAUGAUGAUGAAGAUGAUGAAGAUGAAGAUGAGGAGGAGGAAGAGGAAGAGGUCGAGGAAGAUGAUUCUGAAGAGGCUCUAGAAAGGGAGCUACAGGCCAAAAUUUUUGAAUGUAGCCAGUAUGAGACAAAGGAAAGUGUCAAUUCAAUAGUUGUGGAGAUUCAGAAGCACAUUCAUUACAAGGAGAAAAAGCUCCAGCUGAUUCAGAGCAAAGCACAAAGACAAAAGGAUCUCAUCAGAAAAGUGGAAAACCUGACUCUCAAGAGUCAUCUACACUCUGUGCUGGAGAGGCUUAAGAUACAGGAAAAACAAAAAAAUGAUCAGCUCAUUUCCCUACAGGAGCAAUUGAAGUAUUUUCUGAAGAAGUGAGAAGAGUCUUCAACCUGGCCAUAAACAUUGGUUUUUCCAUCAAGACCAGUUACUGUGUGAAAUUGUGCAUGUUUCUCUCCCUUUGGUUGCCUUAUGUUUAAUCAAUUAUAUUUGUUUCUCUGAACAUUUUGCUGGUUAUAAAAUGUUUUAAUAUAAUAGUCAUGUAGAAAGGGAUAAUAUUCUCUUUGUGAAUUUGUGAAUUACAUAUAUUUCUCCUGACCUAUGGUGCCAUCAGAUGAUUCAGCCAUGUUUGUCAGAGAGUUUUUUAGCCUAGAAGACCAUACAUCUGGUUAGCAUGUUUUAGCUUUUCCAAACUCUUCUAUUUUAAGCGCUUAUUUCCUAAAUGUAGAAAUUUCCAUUUCUAUUAAGGGCUAGCUCCUGCAACAGUAAUUUAAGAGUCUACCUCUCAGCUGUUAGUAAUAAGUUCUGUCCUCUUUGUUCAAAUGAUAAGUCUGCUCUCUUUCUCAGGGAUGAUUUCUUGCUGCUACAUAUCUUUGUUCUAUUGUGUAUUUAGGACUGUGGUUGGUUGUUAUUAAUUAAGUAAGAGCAAAGAUGAAAAAAUUUUAAGCACUUAUCCUUAUUAUGAGAUUCCUCAUCCUAACCUUUAUCAGAAAAGGUUAGGAAAAACCAGAUGCCUGUAAUGCCUAUGAAGACUUCUUUAACAAUCCAGGGUUGCUUUGGGGUGGGUUUUUAAAGGCUGUAUUAUUAAUGGUUUUCUGGUCUGUGUUCUUUAAACAAUAAAUAAAUUCUUUCUUUUAAAA